UCAAGUAAAAUCAAACGUGAUUUCCAUGGGUUCAAUGUAUCUAUUUAUGCCCGAAUAAUUGAAAUGGUCCAGUGCGUAGAACUUGAGAUAAUACAUACAUAGAGGGCGGGGAAAAGAGGAUAGUAGCUUAAUUUUUCCAGAAAUGGAUCUGAACCCUCCUGCAGGGGAGAAUUAUGCUCAUCCAGUUGUAUGUUUCUUCCAUGUGAUAUUCAAGGCUGCAGCAUUGGCAUUUUACAUACUUUCAGCUCUAUUUUUUGAUAGCUUUGUCAUUAUUUUUGUUGUUACCGUGCUUCUAGCUGCUCUUGAUUUUUGGGUAGUCAAGAAUGUGAGUGGACGCAUCUUGGUCGGUUUAAGAUGGUGGAAUGAAAUAAAUGAAGAGGGUGAGAGUGUGUGGAAAUUUGAAUGCCUUGACCAAGAGUCAUUGGCUCGGAUUAAUAAGAAGGAUUCAUGGCUGUUCUGGUGGACCUUAUACCUUACUGCUGUUUUGUGGCUCUUUCUUGGGAUAUUUUCCCUUGUAAGGUUUCAAGCUGAUUAUCUUCUUGUUGUUGGAGUUUGUUUGACCCUCAGCAUUGCAAAUAUUGUUGGCUUUACGAAAUGCCGCAAAGACGCUAAGAAGCAGCUUCAAGCAUUUGCCACUGAGACCCUUGCUUCUCGGUUCUCUUCUACCGUACAAUCGGCAUUUACAGUCGUUUGAAUGUGGCGUACAUAAGACAGAUAAAGAAGAAAACUGCAAUGAGAAUCUUUAAGAAAUGCUUUCAUUUGGGUGAUCAUUAUGUGUGGUGAUUUGGAGUUUUCUUUUGCGGUCUUGUAGAGAUAUAACAGCGUCUGGUAGUAUACGGGUAGCUUAAAAACUAUUCCUUAUAUAAAGCGUUUUGGAAAUCCAACUGUUUGGUUCUUUUUAAUUGCUUGCCAACAUUUUGCUUGAAAUCUAUUAAGCAAUUGAUGUCAUGAAAUUGUAACCUGCAGUUAGUGUAUAUCUUUGUAAUGCUAUUUUCUAGUAGAAAUUAUUGCGAGUUUUUUAUU